ACAUAACCCGCUCUAGGACUGAAAGGCGCGAGAGCGUAACUGCGAGUCUGCGAGCAACGACACCGGACGACGACGGCGGCGGCGGCGGCGGCAAGAACCAACUAUCAACCGACGCUUCGCCUUCAUAAAGGACGGUCACGCUAGCGACAGGCGUUAUUCCAGUGCAGUGUCUCGUGCAGUGCGUUUAGCAGUGGUGCAAGUGCAGCCGCUGGUGCGUUUGCUACCUGUUCAUUGUGUCGGUUGGUUUGGUGGACUCGAUGCCGUGUGGAACUGAUGUCGGGCAGCAGCGGGCUACCGUACCAGCGCUAAACGGCCACUAGUCAGUGACGACAGCCCAGAGCUCAAGCACGAGUCAAGAUCAGACCAACCGAACCACUGAAUUGUGAAUUGAUAGUGUUCAAGCACCCAAGAUUGUGACGGUGGAUGGAGUAGAGAGGACGGGCGGCGACAUGCAACACGCUUGAUUCAGUCGAUACAUGAGGGGGUGACAUCGAGAUGGGCCAGGGGCUCGAACCGUCAACUGCAGAUCUCUUUCUGUUCUCCCGGUCGCAGCCCCCCCAGCUUCCGUCUCGUACCGAUUUCUUCGAGCGAUCGAAGAAGCAAGCGCAUACUAGGGACAACAGUAUAGGCAGCAGCGGCAGCAGCGAGCGAGGAAGCGGCAACGACAACGGAACGAGCAGCGACGACGUACGGUUUGCGCUGACCAGCAGCAGCACAGACACACCAGCAGCUGCCCAUCACGCACGGUGGCAACGGUGGCCCGCACUAUCACAACACCACCAUCACCACCACUACUACUACUAUUACUACCACUACUACAGCUACUUGCCGCAGUACAUCGGUGCGAUUGGCGCACGCGGUGGAUGCCGCACGUUUGACGUACUCUUCAAACCUUCAUGAGUUUUCAACUAACGCACGCAACAAUGGAGUUUGGCUAGGAAAGGAACGUCGUCAGUGAUCUGCGCUUCAGGUGAAACUAAUCUCGUACAAAGAGAGACAGAGAGCGAAAGUGCGCGAGAGAGCGAGCGAAGGCAAAUGUAGUUGACACAUCAAACACACACAUACACACAGAUCCACACUGACGCACGUGUGACCGAACUCCAGUAACACAGCAACAACAGCAGCAGCAGCAGCAGCAGCAGCAGCAGCAAAAAGAAACAAUACUAAAAGCAACAACCGAAAACGACUACUACUGCAGACACCUAUACACAACCUUCUGGGACGCAGAGCAGCUAAACCAGGCAACAACCGUCACACACAUAUACACAAACACAUACCGUCUGGAGGCGCUUCCGAAACCAUAUCCACAAUCCAAUACGGGUAUUGUUCCCCUUUCAUCCGUUUUGCUUUUGUCAACCACGCAUCACCACGCUCGACGUGCGGACACUGCCGGUCAAGCAGUAAAGUGUACGUGUGUGUAAGCAUCGGCGCUAGGACAGAGAAAGCGAGAACGAGCGUACAGCACGGCGCCUAGUAUUACGGCAGCGCACCGGCCGUGUCUGCGUGCGAGUAUCAUCGAGCACACUCAAUCGCCUAACCUUAGCACCAGUAGAUGAACCGUGCGCCAUGGUUGCGUCCACCCAGUGAGCGCAAUCGCAUCGCAACUCUCCAAUAACAACAAUAUCUGUAAGACUCUGUUAUAAUACCGCCAGUACCUUUGCUACUACUACUACUACUACUACUACUACUACUACUACUCCUACUUCUGCUAGUAUUUCUACUACUACUACUGCUACUACUGUGCUAUCGUCUACACUCUUUUACCCUGUCUGUGGUAAAGACAUCCACCGUACACUAGUAGAUAGUUUGGUCCACCGUUGGACUCAGGGCCCCCAAUCGACAGUGUCAGAAGGAUCUGGGAAUCUGAGCGUUAAACCUCCUACCUAUCCGAUUGAGGAUAUCGGGAGCCAAUCAAUAGCAGUACUAUUCACACAAAAACACCAACAAUCAAUAGCCUGUCCUUCAGCAGCCUCAAUACCCGAUAAUCACGACUACCAGCUAGGACGACUCGCAAGCUAGGGAGUCUUUCCCCUCAAACCAAACUUUUGAUACUAACGCAAGGAGCUCAGACUCUAAAGGCAUCGGACCCACAAAAAUCCACCCCUCUCAGCAGACAGAAUGGCCAUGGAUCCGCCCGACGUAGUGCUGUCGCCGGAGCGCGAGAGCAGCCUGGUAGCGACCGCUGGCAGCAGCAGUGGCGGUGGUGGCAGCAAGUCGACCACGGCCGCACUGCUCCAGCUACAGCACCGGGCAGCCCAUCCACAGACCCCACCGGCUGCGUUUCAUCUGACCGGCGGCGGUGUAGGCGAGCCGGCACUGCAUCAGCAGCGCUCGGCACUGCUGGUGCAGCAGUCCUCUACCACUACGACGCCACCAGGCAGUAGUGGUGGUGGGUCUGCUGCUGCUACUGCUGGUGUCACGCAGCUAACAGGCAUUGCCGUGCCGACGGCACUGCUAGCCUCGGCCGGUCAGCUGCAAUCGGUGGCCGGUGGAUCGAACAGCUCGGCGGUCGCCACUCCUUCCGGUCUGACGACGACGGGGUCGAGCGGUACGCAGCCAGCGCCUCCAAUCGAGCGACUCUCCCGACCGAUGGCGUUCGAUAAGAUGGAAUCACUAGUCCGCGAGAUGCAAGACUCGGAGAACGGUGUGCCAGUGCGCAGCCAGAAGCUAUUCCUGACCUCCAUACCAUCGGCUUUCAUGGGAUACGACCUGAUCGAGUGGCUGAUGGAGCGGCUAAGCAUCGAAGAGUCGGAGGCACUGAACAUUAGCAACCAGCUGUGCCAGCACGGUUACUUCUUUCCCGUCUCCGACUCGAAGACGCUGAUGGUGAAGGACGAUUCCUCGCUGUACCGCUUCCAGACGCCGUACUACUGGCCGUGGCAGCAGAAGGCGCCUGAUCAGAUCGAGUACGCCAUCUACCUGGCCAAGCGGUCGCUCCGCAACAAGCAGCGGCACGGGCUGGAAGACUACGAGACCGAGGCGCUCGCCAGCCUGCACAAAAACCUGAAGGGCAAGUGGGACUUCAUACUGAUGCAGGCGGAGGAGCAGGUGCGGCUGGCGAAGGACCGCAAGAAGGGCGACAAGAUCGUGGGCGACUCGCAGGAGCGCGCCUACUGGCGGGUGCAUCGGCCGCCGCCCGGCCAGUUCACGCCGCUCGAGCCGUGCCCGAUACCGUCACGCGACCGGCAGGGCAAGCCGCGCAAGCGCACGGUCGAGGACUGGCAGCGGGAGGUCGACAUACUGAAGGCGUCGCUCGGGCGGAACCGGGUGAAGAUGUCGCAGGCGUGCGAAAGCCUGGUCGUCUACUACGAAACGUUCAGCGAGUACGACCCGAUGAUGCAGCCGCCGCUGCCGUCGAACCCGUGGGUGACAGAGGACGUCAGCUUCUGGCAGCUGAACCACCCGGUGGUGGAGGUGCCGACCGAGAAGCGCGUCAAGCGCUGGGGCAUCUCUAUCGAGGAGGUCGUGUCGGACCCGACCGGGCUGCAGGAGUUCACGCACUAUCUCAAGAAGGAGUACUCGCACGAGAACAUACGCUUCUGGAUGGCGGUGAACGAUCUGCGCCGCUCCUCGCACUCGCAGAUAUCGCGCAAGGUGAAGGAGAUCUACGAAGAAUUUCUCGAACCAGGCGCACCCUGCGAGAUCAACAUCGACGGUAAAACGAUGGAGAAGGUUCAGCUCGGGUUGAAGAAUCCGUCCCGGUUUGCGUUCGAUGCGGCGGCCGAGCACAUCUACACACUGCUGCUCAAGAAGGAUUGCUACCCGCGGUUCGUGCGCUCGGAGCACUACAAGAACCUGAUGGCGAACGCGAUCCAGCCGUCGCUCAAAAAGCGCUUCUUCGGCUUCGGCGGCGGUGCCAAGAAGAAGGGUUCAACCUCGACCGCGCCCAACCCAUCGAUGCUUACCCAGCCAUCCGCCGGGCAGUCUGGGUCGGGCAACGUGAACAGCCUGUCCAAGCGACGUGGCAGCGACCGCAGCCUGUCGGGGUCGGCCCACGAGCUGGCGAUCUCGGGCGUGAAGGACUGUUCCAAAGUGCCACAUUCUCAUAGCCAAAGCAAUCUGAGUGACAUUCCGUACAGCGUAUCGAUCUACCGUGGUGAUAUGCCGUCCGGUAUAUACGAGGGUGUAUCGUCAUCUUCCAGCAGUACACCCGUGCGAGGCAACGUACGCGUGACGGUUGGAAAGCAACAAGAGAUGAACAAAAAUCUCGGAACGACACUCGAGGUAACGCUGGAAGGGGCCGUGUCUGGUGCGUGUGCCGUCUGCCCCUGGGACACGCCCGUCAUCGAAAAGCCGGCCGCAGAGUCGGCCGUCUCGGUCUCGGUGUGCCCGUGGGACAGUGCCGACGCCAAGCUGCCCACCAAGACGGACAGCACCAACAGCAGCAAGUCGAAGCAGCACGGCGACCAUCAUCCGCCGCACAGCACGGCCGAGAUCAGCGAGGUGUCGGAGCGGAUGAAGCGCUCGUGCGGUUUGCGCCAGAACACGCUCGACGGUGACUUUCACAGCACCAAGCGGUUGGCACCGGUUGUGACCGAGCAGCGACGGGCUUCCAUGACGAUGGCGCCGAGACUGUCCGAUCUGCAGUUCUGUAUGCGCGCGAACUCGACCGGCAGUGGGGCGACGCCGCCCGACAGUACCGCCUGCCUGGCGAACCUGCCGUCCCAGCAGCAGCAGUACCUGCAGCACCAGUCGUCGGUGCGCAUUUCGCAGGGUUCGCUCUCGACGAGCUUCGAGGAGAAGGAGGAGGGCGGCUCGGGCACGGUGUUCUACCAGCAGGAGGGAACGUCCGGCGCCCCUACUCCAAUCGGCGAGGAGCGCGCUGGACAGCCCGGCACGGUGGCGGAAGACGUAGCGCAGCAGGACCGUGGUCCGGGCGACAAUCCGGACGCGGCUGAAGGGGCGGCAGGGGCACGCGACGCGACGCCCCAAGCGCAGCCAGACGCGAGCGUGCCACCACUACUGCCCACCGCUACGUCCACUGACCCGCUCGAACUGGUCGGCACGCAGCAGCAGACGUACGGCGGCGUACCAGCGGCUACGGUGUGCCCCACGUCGAACCCCACCACCACCACCACCACAAACACCACGAUCACCACCACCACCACUACUAUCUGCACCUCGUCGGCCGGUGCGGGCCGGGCGAUGGCGCGGGAGGCAAACAGUCAGCGUCCGACGAACGUGGACACUGCACCGGAAUCAACCACAGGCACCCCUAGGAUAAGUGUAAUCUAUGCAAACACACCCGACGACGACGACGAGCCGGCGGAGGAGUACGAGCUGGCAGUGGGCAGCGAGCCGGUGGCGACAGUGCGGGAGGCAAGCGUCCAGCACGGCAGCCCAGCGGCUGAGCCGGCGGCCGCCAGCGUCGCGACGCAAACGGUGGACGUGCUGCUGCUGCAGGGUGUCGACGCCGCCCAGGACCUGUCACCGCUCACCGAGGCGGAGGAUGGCUUCUACGGGGAGGCACUGCGGCGGCAGCACCACCAGCACCAGCAGCACCACCCGUCCGAGUACGACAUCAUGAUGGACGGUGGGGAGAGUGGGCUGCUGCCCGGCUGUGUGGCGCCGGCCCCUACGCCCGCACCCUCCAUCGCGCCGCUGGCCGAGGUCGAGCUGGACCCGCCCGACGACGAGCCGGACGACGAGGAGCAGGAGGACGGCGGGGGUCAGGAGGAGGGUACCGGGCGGCUGGACGGGGAGCCCACGGGAGCGGCGACGCCAGGGGCACCGCCACAACAACCACCGUCCAGCUCCGGAGCGGGAGGCGCGGACGAGCUGGCGAGGCGCCGCAAGCGCCGGGAGCGCAAGGACCGUCCCCCCGAGCCGGGCACGCUGCGGGGGCAGAAGAGCGAAGAGGAGAACAGCGAACGGAAGGGCGAUGCCGUCUGCCCGUGGGAUGACGAGAGCGAAUCAGCGACGGAUGAUGCACCGUACGUGAAGACCUACUCCACGCUGGGCUACCUGUAGGGUGGUUUCGCUGGAGCUAGAACCAUCCUACAGGUGGUAGAAGCGGCCGCGUACGCAAUUGCGAUAUGGUGGAACGAACGGCAUGAUGCGGAAUCAGGAGCCAAACGCAUCCAAGCGAAGCCAGCAGCCGUUUGAUACAGCAUCGCUCAGUACAGUGGCCGUGUACCGUUUGCAGCACAGAGUUUGACUUCGUACUCCUUCGGUGUCGGUGUCGGUGUCGAUGCAUUACCUACACACAUUCGAUGUGGUUUAGUUCUCGCUUGAUUGAGUGUCACAAACUCCACUGUUGGUCGUAAUCAUUUCUGCUCACUGUACAAAGGCGUUGACUCUACUUUCAAUUGUUGCCUUCCGUUUUGUCAUAGUGCCAAUUCGUGUAUCGUUGUGUUUUUCAUCUCUUGUGAUUAUUUCUGGAACCAGAACUCCUUGUGUUUUUCUCAUUGAGCAUGCUGGCGUAACGAACCACCUGCCUGUGCGAAACGCAGCGCUAACGUCCCAUAACGCGCGGCACACCGGUAUAUCGAUUCCCCGGUCGGCCAAAUCGAGCAGCCGGUCCUCGGGCCUAGGCCGACAAAUAGAUUCCAGUGGCCCAGUCGGCGUGUAUGUUGUCGCGCGGGUGCAACCGCAAACCGAUCAGCUUCGUACCGACGGGAUGAUUUCGCACGAUCGCCGGGCUGCUGACCAGCUCCUACCGGACUGACGUUACGCGAUACUUCCAUCGCUCGCGAAUCAUCGGUCGGACACGUGAUGAGCCUCCGUGUGCUACCGUGAUGUCGGAGUGAGCCAACCAUCUGUCAGAUGCUGCCCGGUGGCUGUGAUGAUACAUCAACACCAUCCCUCCUCUUCGAAAGAAGUCUAUCGAUACCCGAAGCUGAUCCGGAGCCAUUGCCAAGUAUCCCGUGCCGCCGCCUCGCCGUUGAAACUGUACUCGGUUCCGCUGGCGGGUAGCCGUACACGCUGCCAGUGCCACCUUGACAAGUGAAUCUUGGAGCCUCCGUCGCGAAUAGCCACGGCAGGUUUGGGCCCGGCCGCGAUUCUGCUUUCGAUUUGUGGAACGGGAAGCAUUUGUGUUCUUCUUUUCAAGCUGGGUUGAAAGGGUGGGGGAAUGCAGAUAGUAGCAACGGGAACAACAAUAACAGCAAACCCGUAUUUGAAAGCACGUUUGGCAUUAUACUAGCAGCAGCACUCUUACAAGCAGUAAUAUCAGUCUUCCGAUUUGAGAGUGAUGAUCGCACACGCGCACACGUUUGCGGCGUCGGCGCACCAAUGGAUGUGAUGCAAGUGCUGCCAGAGACCUCAGGUUUUAGACCGGUUGCGGUGCAAUAAUUUCGAAUAUAUCUCAAAAUGUACACACAGCACACAGCUACCAGGCAACGUACGCUCGAAACACAUCAUACUCAUACGUACGCAGCUAGCAGUAAUUAGUGCAAGGGAGAUGGAGCUGACAACAAUGUAAACAUUUAAAGCAACAGCAAACAAAAUAAUUAGAACAUCCGUUGAUAUCAUGCGGAGUAUAUUACUCAUAGUAGUCAGGUUAGUAAUUACUGCAAUGGAGCUUCGCAGCUCCACCAGCGCAGUAGUAGUGGGUAGCGGGAAGCGUUAACUAUUUGUGCUACAGGGCCAGCUCAGUGCACGUGUUGGCUUAAUAUUUAGCGACUAGUGUACGAACGGGGACAUGGACCGCAGUCUGUAGUAACCAAAAAAAGAAGAAAAAAAGAAGAAAAAUAGCGUUUUAAACUCAAAUCACUCAAGUCUAGAGCUAACAAACUUUGCUUUGGUUGUGUACGUGAGAACGCCUUGGUUGAACUCUUCGGUUUGCGUUACUGCAACAAACACUCAGCCCAAGCACUCAGCGUGCAGUUGAGUGCGUUCGAUCGCUCGAGUUGUGGGUAGGAAGCGUUACUCAGAAGCGUUACAUACCACCAACUACCACCGGCUUAAGUUGCUGUUCUGUUUUUGGUUUUUCUUUCAACACUGCGGACCAUUUGCCAGAUCCGCCAGUUCAGGAGUAGUAGAUUGAUUUCGUUGUAGAUAGUACACAGUUUUCCUUUUGUAGUGUGCUUGCCUUCAAUGUGUUUGCGAAUGACUUUUGGGUUUGGAAACCAUCGUAGCACCCUGCCCGGGUGCUACAGUGUUCACACGCAAUAUAGGGUAUAGGAGUAAAGCCUCAACACCUCCCCUGCCCCCUCACACCACUACAUUAUUCUCUCCCCCAACUUUAGGCUUUCUAACUAGCUAGCCGACUAUUCACUCCCAUCUUGCUGCGCCUGUCAAGCAACUCAAAUUUGCUUCAACCUUUUUGCAAAACAAAAACAGAAAAUAACAAAAGCCUUCAUUCAGUAUCCGCACUCAACCAACUAUCUUGAAAUAGAGCAGGCAGGUGACAUUUCGCAAUACAUAUACAUAUAUAUAUAUAUACAGUAGAUGUGUAACGAUUACGCCCAUACACGCUGCUUACAGCAUAACAUGAGAAGCAAAAGCAAAAACCGAUAACCCAAAAGCAAAAAGCUUAACAACUCAAUAUGCCUCUAGCAACAGCACUAAAGAACGGAGUGGACGAACAGUCCCGAAUGCAAUACCGGCACGACCCGAAACCACGGCAACAGCGCUGUGUUUUGCAGGCCGGAUGAAACGUAUCUCAAGUAUUAUUAACACUUUGCUAAGCUUAGGACUCGUCAACACUAGCAAACUACGCGGUAGUACUAGGACAAGCGUAUGAGAUGCUUUAGUAUAGACACAUAAGUAAAGUAAACAAAACACCUAGUGGACACAGCUUAGGAGGUAAGCGAUGGAGCGAGAGAGGAAGGUAGAUGAGGAGGAUAGUGCGUGUGAUGCUAGCGUAAUGGGUGUGCGCAUAUGGGGACAACUGGAAACCGAACCGAUCGGGUCGACUGGCCCGAUAGAUUGAAGACGGAAUCGGUAUCGUGUGCUUCCCGGUAGGGGGCGUUCGUGGCGUUUGCCUCGCUCAGGAAGGACGCUGCGGUACGUUUAGUACUUAGCGUGGUGGUAUACACUCGUUUUGUUGUUAUUUUUUAGUAAUUAUUUCGCCUUUGUACAGUGUGGCAGUGGUUGUGAGUAAGCUCUCACCAAUGUGCUUAUGACACAAAUUUCUUCUGCUUAAAAAUAGCACUCAGUUACUUACUGCUAUCUCAUCUUAUGUCCUAUGAGUUACUACUAACACAACGAUUGGUGCGGGUAUACAUUCGACAGAUGCUUAGUGUACACCGGACACUACUGUCGAUGCUGCUGUCAGCUGCUUCGCGAUCACGAUGUAAACAUGAUCUCUGUGCUACCUUGCCACCUAUCUGUACCGUGGAGCUGGUCGAGCCGAGGACAAGGUCUAAAAGUGCCGGCUCAUCUUCGCUGCCUGAAGGAACUGGGAUGGGAAACAGCAUGCAAUAAUCGUAACCGAGUGAUGGAGUGAGCAGGCAGAAUGCAAGGACCUUAACUGGGGUGACGGGUAAUAACAAAGUAGAGAGAAUUAAAUGGAGGGAGAGAGAAAGAGAGUGUGAGUGAAUAGAGGAUCCAUUUUUCCAAAACAAUAGAACAAAAACAGAUGUCUGAACAAAUUUCAUGUAUGAUCCAUGUGAAUGGUUGUUGUUUUACAAAUAUAAAAGGCAGGAAUAGGUGAAACAAAAACACACCCAACAAACUACACUAGAAAAGCUAUUUUCUAUUUACUCUAAUAACGAAUCACUAGAGAAAGAGAAAGAAAAAGAGAAUGUGAGAGAGAGAGAGAGAAAGAGUAAGAGAGAGAGAGAGAGAGAGAUUGAGAGAUUAUAGUAACGUAUAAACUAACAAAUCAAGCGCAAAAAAAUCAUCAUAACCCUAUGAAAUAAAAACAAAACAAAACAAAACAAAACAAAACAAAGCAAAGAAAGGAAAGAGGUUAUGAAAAAUAACAAGCUGGUACACUUUCGUACAGAAACGAGUCAUUCAAAAGCGAAGAGGAAGGAAAGAAAGAGAGUUAGAGCAAAAGAGAGAUAGAAAGAAAGGAAAUGAACAAAAUCGAACAAAGAUUGCAGUGAACGAAGUAAAAGAAGCUCAACAUGAACGAAAAAAAAAGUAAAAGGAAGAUAAACACAAGCAAAACAAGAACAAAAAACCCCAUGAUUGUGACACAGUCGUUCAAACCGUAUGUGUUUGUAUGUAUGUGUGAGUGUCUGUAUAUGUAUGUGUAGUAUUUAGCUGUUUUUUUGCGAGGCGGCACUAGAUAGUGUAAAGCGGGAUAGACUCAUAACCCAACAGCAAGUGGCUCUGCUUGGCCAACAUCAGUCCAAUAUUGGGAUGCCUAUUAAUCAAUCAGUAACUGUAGCUGUACGAGGUAGUGCAUUUGUGCUUGUGCAAAGUUUGGGCAGAUGUACUGCACGCGAUGAGAUUAGGAAGGAAGAAAGAAAAGAAUGAAAAAAAAAAACACGGAUCAGCGCAAAAAGCGUUCAAACUAUCCACCCUUGAUUUGCUAUGUUCCAUUGUAUUACUUUCUUGUUUGCUUUGUUGAGCAUUUAUUGCACUGGGUUUUGGUUGGUAUCUCCUUUACCAUUCUUUACUUCACAUCUUCAAAGCUUUCAGUUGCAUUCAAAAGUAAUUCAUGCUAAAAGUUUAAUCCAGCAUUAAAUUCAUCUUCUAUAAAGACAAACAAAAGUUUAGCAAAAUUGAGUGAUAGCAACAUUAGUAAACACUGGGUACCACAAAAAACUGCACGAUAACGAGUGAGAUCACAACGCAAAAAAAAAACAUGGAAAAGAGAUAAAACACAGGAAAGGAUAAAGCUUUAGAACAAGCUGCAGGCAAACAGAUGGGCCAAAGGCGCAUACGUAACAUCCAGCUGUCCGUUCGCUAACAAGGCAACCAAAUUAACCCCAUAUUGGAUAACAAUUGAAUUAGUAAUUAAAUAACGGCAGCGAGCGAGUGGAAAAGAAAGAGAGAAAGAAAGAAAGAAUAAGAUAAUUCAAGAGAGAAAGAAAGAAACAGUGCGAAAGAGCAAGUAAAACAUCCAGUGCGAGUAGGUAAAAAGGGAAAUGGUAAUUUAAAAUAACGAAGUAUGUAAAAAAAUGCCACCGGUUAGAGUGUAAUUUGACUUAUUAAUACUGGAUAGCAUACUCAGCGAACCCCCUAUUUUAAAAAAAAAAAAAAACCCCACUCAUACACUCACACACAUGAGGAAAAGCACUUCCAAAACAUCCAGCAACACCUUAUAUUUACAGUAAAUUUUCUGCACAAAAGGCGCAGGACAAGAGACGGCGGUGUAUGGUUUUUGUUUCUUAGUAAUUUGGUCGAAAAAAAAAUUGCGUUACGUACGAUCCGGACACAGGGACAGGCGCGUCGAAACGGGGAAAAUGGAGGAAAAACCCAGAACAAGCACAACACUUAAAAAUUAACCUCUGCUAAUUGAUAGCAGUAAACGAGCCUAAUUUAGUGACAAGGAAAUUUGUGACAGUGAAAGCUUCUUGCAUCGCAUUGUAAGAGACGGCGGACGUCUUUAAAAAAAAAAAAAACGAGAGGGAAAAGGUAAAGUAGUACAAUGAGUAAUAAAAUCUACCAGGAAAAGUAAAGACUCACGAAUGAACGAAGGAAGGGAAGAGAAUUUGAGAGAGCUAGAGAGCGAGAGACAGAAGGAGAAGCAGAGCAAUGGAUAGGAAGAAAGUAGGAGAGACUAAAGGCAGAGAGCAAGCGAUAGAUGGGGCAAAAUGAAAAAGGACACGAAAGCGAGUGCAGGCUAGAUCGUUUAGAGAAAUUGGUGAAUUUAUUAAAAUUGUUACAAAAAAAAUCCAAAUCUAAGUGUUACAACAAAAAAAAAAGAAGAAAAAUAGCUGCAUUGUGCAUUUUAGCGAUACAAAUUUGGGCGAUAAAAUUAGGAUUAUAGCAUUAGGCCUUUGAGUUGUUUUUAAGUCCAACAUAUUGGUUUGCGUGUUCCGGGUGUUGAUAAUGGCAUGAACUUCAUAGAGCGAACCAAGCGAAACAAAAAAACAAAAAAACAGGCAAACAAGUUAUCGAACGAUACUUGUGCACACCAAACUACGAAGAGGUGCAAGAACGGUAUAAGAGUGAUAGUAUUAAAGAGGAAACCUAGUAUAGUGCAAAAAUGUGGUAGGAAAUAUAACAAAAAAAAAGACAAAAAGUAUAUAUAUGAAAAAAAAACACACACACACAAACACAUGUAAAGCUUUUGGCAGGAGAAGCAGUUUGAACGCCAUUGUUCAAAUCAAACGCUAUAGACUCGAAAAAUUCCCACUUUGAAAUCGGCCAUGCAUAGGGAGAGCGGCGUUUAGACCGAUGCGAGUUCGUUUCUUGAGUUGGCACUUCUCUGUAGUACAGUAUGCACUGUACGCUAGGAACUUUUUAGCGCAAAUGCUUGACAUUGAAGAUGUCAUUUUCAAAUUGUAACAUAAAUGUUGAAAUUCCUCGCUACACCUUGUUUCGAAUGCUCUGGUUCACUUGUAAAGUAGACCAAAGCUUUAUUUCUCGCAGUACUAAAAUGUAGCAACAAUCAAAAGGAAGUAAACGGUAGUGGUGCUUCCGUUAUCGUUAAUACACACAUUGGGUGUCCUUGCUCAAAGAUGGCAUACUGUGUACUGUUGGUGGAUUUGAGUUGACACUUACCGUACUAACUAUAAUGUAAACUUUCACAAACAUAUUUGUGCUCCGCUUACGUCUGUCCCAUUGGAAAACGGGUGAUAAGUACACCGUUUAGCCUGCAUGUCUGCGUAUGUGUGUGUUUUUUGUUUACUAGCGUGCAUCAUACCAGUGAUGUAUUGCAUGUGGUAGACGGUUUACACUCAGAGCGCAGAGUAGAAAAUCCACAAAUUAGGCUAAGGCGUAAUGCAUCCAAGGCCCGCUCGCUCUCGCUCUCUCUCUCUCUAUCUCGCGCAUGACAUUGUUGUAACGCUGAGAAAUCAAAACGCAAAAAAGAAAUAUUCAAAAAAAAAAAGUAACACAUCCAUACACACAGACACACUCUACCACAUCAAACUAUACAUCCUUAACUACAUGCUGCGCAGUCCAUUUAUCCUUGCAUUGGAUUGAUGUGAAAUUCAAAAUUAUCAAAACAAAACAAAAACCAAAAAAAAAAAACAACAAACUCUUAAACCGCUGUGAAUGUUAUGAAUAUUUAAAAGAUAUAAAAUUGAUAUGAAUCGAAACGAAGAACAAUUGUGUGCGUGUGUGUGUUUGAGAAUGGGAGGAUAUAAGCGACAGAGACAGGGACAGCGAGAUAGAGAGAUAAAAGGAACAAUGGUGUGACAAGGAGAGAGAAGGAGAUAGAGAGAGAGAGAGUUGAAGAAAAAAGAAACAGAUACCGAAGAGAAAAGAGAGCGUUAGUGUGCAAGUAACACUGUAAGAGAGGGUAAGAAUGUGUGGGGGAAGAGUAGGAGUAUGAAUAAGAGAAAGAGCGGGAAGAUGCGAGUAAGUGCAGGUGACAGCUGGAAUUAAGUAGUGUAGACAUUGCAUUGCAUCUUGAUGUCUGACGAAGAGUGCGUGAAUGUUUGGAAAAAAAAACACAGAAAGAGAGAGAGAGAGAGAGAGAGAGAGAGAGAGAGAGAGAGAGAGAGAGAAAGAGAGAACAGAAACAUCAAGAAUCGAAUAGAAAUAAAGAUGAGAGAGCAAGAGAGAGAGAGAGAUAGAGAGAGAGAGAAGAACACAUACAGAUAUGGUUGUUAAGCAGGUCUCACACGCGAUCCGAAGACUUGCUCAGGGUUGGCAGUAAACGGUAGGUACAGGUGUGGUUAAACCGUGCAGAGAUUUCAACGUACAAAAGCCCGAUACUUGGAAAGGAAACAGAUGAAACAUUACUAUAUCAUUAUGUUGUAGAGAGAAUCAAAUAAAACUACAAUAAAACUAUAAACACGCUGA